UUCCACGUGGCAGAUCCGCGCCACCCAUGCCAAAAAACCGGGCCCCACGUCUCGCCGCGGCACAAAUAUCUUCUGUUCAGCUGCCGCUCUGUUUCGAUCUAUCGGUGCCUCUCUUCCCUUGUCGAAGAGGCGAUCCAAAAGCGGCGGAGUUCUAGGAAGCAUUUUUGUUUCCGUUUCUUCGCGUUUGAGUGAGGAUGAGGAGCUCCUGGGGAGGAAUUGCUGACCGCAUGGGCGAGAGUUCUUCCAAUCGGCCGGAUACAGGAGAGACAUCGAAGAUGGAAAGCCCUAGCACGCACUGUCAGUUAGUGGAUUCUCUAUCAAAAGGAUGGACAGAUGAAAAACAUACAUUAUUUCUGAAUUCCAUUGAGUCUUCUUUUGUUAAUGAGCUACACAACGGGGAAUACAAUUCUAAGGCAUUUUAUGGUGGGAUAUCGAGGACAAACACACAUAGAGGUUCUUGUGGACAAUAUGAAAAAAAUGAAACUGAUCUGAAAUCUGGUCAGUUCAAGGUAUUAUAUAAGGAGAGCCUUGUCUACAAUAAGGGCAAGAAGAAUGCACAGCUUGAGAUUGGUUCUAAAACUUUAUCUGCAAAUCCCUGGAUUAGACAUUUUAGAUCACCUUGUGUUGUGACGAAGAGGAAUUCUCAGUUCACUCAACCUUCACCUCAUAUAGCAAGUGAGGGGCAUUAUGGAGAAGGAACAGAAGUGUCGGAUCAAAACUUUAUGGAUGAUGGGCCUAUAUCUGAGAAAAGGUCAAGUAUCAUUGGUGGGAAAAGGAAGUUGAGGGCUGCAAUGAUUCAUGAUUCAAUCAACGAUCAACUUGUUCCAUCUAGGAAACCAUUAAUUAUGCCAAUUUCUGAUGGGAACCAUACUCUGCUCUCAACAAAUUCAGAAUGUAGCAGCCAAACAUCAGAAGUCAUUCCAAACUCAUUGCGUUCAGACGCUAAAGAACUGCUACAUGAUGAUGAUGAGGUUAACAGUUGAAUUUCAGCACACUAAAUGAAGCUUAUGGUAUACACCAUAGCAGUAUACAAGUAUUGCUUCCUGGUUUCCAGAUAGUUUCAUUCAACUUUUGGAGGUGUUGAAUCAAAUCAAUACUGAGAUAGUUUUUAGCUUCCAAUUCGGAAGCUUCUAUGUUUGAGUGAAGAUUAUCUGGUUUCAAUUUCUGAUCUUUAUUUUUGUAUUCCCAUGGGGAAAAAAUCCUUGUCUACUUAUGCAUGUUUUGGUUUCUCCGAAGGAAUUAUGUUUCUUGCCUGUCGGAGUCCUAAAUAGCAACUCUUAGUUACUAUGCACUUCAGUUCUCUUGUAA